AUGAUUGCCCUGCAUGGCAUCCUGCUUGCCAUUCAUCUCUCGGGAUAUAUCACUGCAGCACUGCCAGAGAAUCACACCGAUCCUUCGACCAACGCUGUAGUCGACAAAGGUACCUUCAGCAAUCCCUCUGUCAAUGUCCGACCGAAAUUCCGAUACUGGAUCCCCGAUGCGUCCGUUGACCCUGAGGUCGUUGCCAACGACGUGCGUGCUGCUGGUGACAUUGGAGCUGCUGGACUCGAAUUACUAGGAUAUUAUCUCUACGGAGGACCUCCGAGCAAUGGAGCUGGUAGGGGAGACUCGGCUCCUGUCGAUUGGGCUACCUAUGGGUUUGGGACUCCAGCUUGGCAUAAUGUCUUUCAAGCAUUUGCACAAGCUCACAAGGACAAUGGGCUGAUCAUGGACUUUGCUAUCGGUCCGAAUCAAGGCACAGGAGUACCAGCUCCAGAAGGGAGUGACGGGCUCUCGUGGGACCUUGUAGCGUUCAACGUCUCCGUACCGACUGGAGGUUCUUUUGAUGGUGUUCUUCCAGGCUGGGGAACUGGUACCUUGCAAGCCGUGAUCACUGGCCGAGCAAUCAAGUCUGAGUACCUGACUUCUCUGGAUCCGGCGCUCCCAGGCGACAUACCAAUGAACCGGACCCAGAUCACCUUGUCCGAGGCGAGUCUCACAGACGUUACCAAGAAGGUGGACGCGAGCGGCCAUUUAUCCGUGACAUUCGAUUCUGACGCAUCCGGCAUCAACAACACCAUUUUUGCCGUGUACCUGAUUCACUCUGAUUUCAGGGCACAAGACGGACCAGAAGAUCUGGGUGGCCCACAGACGUCAGCACACUCAUUUGUCCAGAAUGGUUCGUGGGCGGCAGAUCACUUCUCAGCCCUCGGCGCGGAAACAAUCACAAAGUACUGGGAGCAAUAUAUCUUGAUCAAUGGAACUAGAGAGCUGCUGAUGGACGUAGGCAACUACGGUUGGGAAGAUAGCGUGGAAAUUGAGGCCAAUGUCUUCUGGACGCAGAACUUCUCCCGCCUGUUUGAAGUCGACCACGGUUACUCGAUCAAUAAAUGGCUACCUACUCUGUUCCACCGGAAUGGCCAUGCGAAGGAAUCUAAUCCUCCGAUAUGGUGGGUCACUGAUGCUCCUGACAGCGGCGAGAGCAGGAGGGCCGAUUAUCGAGAAACACUUGCAAAACAGUAUCAUGCGUACCUCACGGGUUUGAACGAGUGGGCAGAGCAAUACCUGGACUUGCAAUUCUCUGCUCAAAUAUCGUACAACAUGCCCAUGGACAUGCUCGCAAACAUACCAAGCGUUGAUGCUCCAGAAUGCGAGUCCUUAGACUUCAGCGAUCUCAUUGAUGGUUAUCGCCAAUACUCCGGUCCUGCCAAUCUCGCUCGAAGACGUAUCGUCUCUUCCGAAUGUGGCGCCGUUCGUGGCGAAGCCUUUGCUCAAUUGCUACCGGAGCUGCUUUGGCAUGUGAAGCGAUCAUAUGCAGGUGGCGUGAACCAAUUUGUCUUUCAUGGGUUUCCAUAUUCGGGAGAUUAUGGUAACACGACUUGGCCUGUUUUUACCACCUUCAACUAUCAGUAUUCGAAUAUGCAUGGCCCCAGGGAUCCUGGAUGGGACUUUUACAGAGAUCAGAUUGAAUUCGUCGCUCGGAACAACUUCGUCGUCCAGACAGGAGUGCCCAAAUUCGACAUUGCCUUCUGGCAGAAGAUGACAACAUAUCCUGGCCACAUUCAGCUGCGAACCUAUGAGCCGACCGACCUUGAGGAGGCUGGAUAUACCUAUGAGUACGUCAGUCCGGAUAACCUGGAACUCCCCUCUGCGUUUGUGGAGAAUGGGAUACUCGCUCCCGAUGCCCAAGCAUUCAAAGCCAUGGUCGUGCGAGCGAAUGAUUCCCUGACUGUCGAGGGUGCUUCUCGGCUUGUGGACUUCGCUCGUGAGGGACUUCCUAUCAUCUUCUCGGGCGGUAUUCCUUCAUCCUUCCUCGGCACGAACGACGCUAGUGUGCUGAGCGGUGUGAAUCAGUCACUUGAAGGACUGUCGUCUCUGAGGAAUGUGCACAUUACUGAUUCCUAUGAAUCACUGGCUCACACUAUCGCUUCGCUGAGGAUAGCACCAACCACUAAGAUAACUACCAACGGAUCCUGGUUCACGCUGUGGCGAAGAGAUACAAUGACCAAUGUUGACUAUUUCUUCAUAUACAAUGAUGCCAUGAAAGAGCCACCGGGCCAAGGAUAUACCAAAGGCAACAUUGAAUUCAACCUGACGGGGACACCUUACGAGUACGAUGCGUGGACCGGCGCUCAGGAGCCGAUCUUGGCCUAUACUCAGACCAACAAUUCGACGACCAUCUCAUUCAAACUGGCUGGCAAUGAGUCGACGAUCGUGGCAUUUCACCCGGAACCGCUGAACAACUCCACGCGCAAAGGCGAGCACUUGACCAACGUCUCGUCCGGGAUACUGAAGGUGACAACGAAUCCAACCAACGGCACAAUAGUGCUUCAAGUCGGUCCUGGUUCUUCUCCACAGUCAUAUACCACCUCAUCCGGUAAGACAACCACAGUCCAGCCGUGUAGCGCAUCCACGCUUGCCCUGUCGAAUUGGACACUCAUCGUCGAGCACUGGGAUCCACCAUCGGACCUGUCCCUUACCACCGGUACACGAAAGCAUAACACAACACAUCACCUACCUAGCUUAGUAUCAUGGCAAGAUAUCCCCGGUCUACAGAACGUGUCUGGUAGGGGUUACUACAACACGACGUUCACUUGGCCCGUCCCUUCGUCAUCUGCGGCCGAUGGCGCCAUGAUUGAUUUCGGCUUCAUCGUACAUACAUUGCGAGCCUGGGUCAAUGGGCACCAGCUGCCGCCGCUGGAUGUUACAAGACCACAAGCGGAUAUUACGGCAUUCCUGGUCGAGGGGAUGAAUACGGUGGAAGCCGUCGUCGCGACGCCAUUAGGGAAUGUUAUGCGACCGAUCUGGUUUGAUUUGAAGACAAGCGGGACAGGCCCUGGAAGUCCAGGAGCAGGAGGCGUGCCGCCACCGGUCGUGGAUUACGGGUUGAUUGGGAACGUGAAGGUCGUCCCGUACAGCGAGGUGCUUGUUGAGUAUAGGUAGAAAGGAGGGAAGAAAAGUAAGGCUAUGAGGAAAGGGGAGCGCGUGUCCUAUCCCUCCUGUCUGGACGGAGUACCUACAGCAUAGGAGCUUCACUCCGCGCACGAAAGACAAGCAGCCUUGACAAGAACCCAUUUGUUAGGAGCUGAGACCAAUGGAAUACGGUGUCUCUUUCGCC